AACACUACAAAUAUAUUGAAACCCCACAUCCUCGAAGCAUACAUUUCUUGCAUAUCUAUCACAUAGUUGGCUGAAAACAAGAAAUGGGAUCUACCAAACUCAUUUCACUUCUCUUCUGUCUCCUGUUGGUCAUCUCUACCUCUGCAGCCACUCAGAAAAAGAUAUCACGUGAGCCUUGUAAAACGCUUGUGGUCUACUUUCAUGACAUACUUUACAAUGGACAGAACGCGGAGAAUGCAACUUCAGCAAUUGUAGCUGCACCGGCUUGGGGCAACGAGACUAUCUUAGCCGAACCAACCCAUUUUGGCGACAUAAUUGUGUUCGAUGACCCUAUUACCUUAGACAACAAUCUGCAUUCAACCCCAGUUGGACGUGCACAAGGGCUAUAUUUAUAUGACGGGAAACACACCUUUAAUACUUGGUUUGGUUUCUCUUUUACGUUCAAUUCUACAGGGCACAAGGGUAGCAUAACCUUAGCUGGGGCUGAUCCAUUCUUGGAAAAGACUAGGGAUAUUCCAGUGAUUGGAGGAACUGGUGACUUCUUCAUGGCUAGAGGUAUUGCCAAUUUCAUGACUGAUGCCUUUGAGGGGGAAGUAUAUUUUAGGGUCCGCGUUAAUAUCAGUUUAUAUGAAUGCUGGUGAUUUUUUUGCCCUUUUUAAUACAAGUUUUUCAUGUUUCACGUUGUGGAGUCAUGUAAAAUGAUAUUUCAAAUAAAACAUGAUCAAACAUGAGGAUAAAUAAUAAUGUAUUGGCUUCAAUUCGCAAAUUAACGAAAUUUGAGUUUUUCUUUUUUCUGUGAAUUGUCUCUCUCUAUCAGUUUUAUGUAGAGAUAAAGAAAAGAAAAGAAAACCUUAAAUAUUGGGAAUUUGGGAUAUCUAGCGCCUUAACUUUGGUAUUUACUACGUACGUAUAUAUAAUUAUUGGGUCUCCAGACUCUCCGCCAAGAAUCUUAUCAGAGAUGAAUUUCCACCAAGAAAGGAUAUUUCAGUUAUUGGAGGAACUGCUGACUUCUUCAUGGCCGAGAGGAAUUGCCACUUUGAUGACUGAUGCCUUUGAUGGAGAAGUUUACUUUCGGCUACGUAUUACUAUUAACUUGUACGAGUGUUGGUAAUGGUAAAGGUUUAAUGGUUAUCGAAUAAUUCUAUUUCAA